UUUUUUAUUGUACAUCUAAAAUAAUUGUGAAGUAAUUUUUUCAGAAUUCGCUUUUAUUGAUAAAAUCGUUAUUUAUGCGACAUGCAUUAAAACAUUGCAAGCAAUCAGAUAAAAGACUAAAUCUUUAAGGAGUUACUGUCAGAUUAUGCUUUUUACAAAUUUAUAGUAAUCAUCAUUGUUAUUGUUUUCGAGAAUGAAUAAAUUUGGCACGUCACCGUCUUUUAAAAAUCUAAAGACCAAAAAAAUUCAAUCCCCUGUACAGUUAAAAGAGAAGAUAAGAAACGAUUAUAAAAACAAUUUGAAAACAUGUCGUGACAAACUCUUAAACAGAAUUCGCGGUGUUACCGUGGAAGCUGAUCUUCGAUUGACAUUAACAGAUAUUUACAACAAUACAUUUAACAAUUUUAACAAAGAUGAUAUUGAAAUUGAACAAAUAACAGAUAAUGAAGAAACAAAAAUAUUGGAAGAAAUUAAAAAUGAACUCAUACAAAAUGAAUUAAAUUGGUGGAUUGAAGAAUAUGAAAAGUCAGAAAGCGACACUAUUGACUGGUCUACAAUUCAAAAAGAUGACACCGUGAUUUGUUUUCUUUGUCAAAAAAACAACUUUACUCUAGCUAAUAAACGUUUGUCAUGUUCAUUAUGUAAUACUGAAAUUAAAACUGAAAUGUCAUUAGCAAACAUUAAAAAACAUAUUAAUGAAAGUAUAGAAAGGCACAGUAAUAUGUGUAAUGGCAGUAUACAGUUUAUGUCAGUUCCAGAGUCCUGCGGUACCCAUAUUUACCUAUUUUGUGAAAAUUGUAUGGAUAUGCAAUUUAUUGUUUAAUUAUUUUUUUUGUAUACUAUAUUUUUAUAAAUUUUUUUUGUUGUGUUAUGUAUUCAUUGUAGGUGUUAAUAAUAUAUUUGCUUGCAUCAAUCUGAUUGAUAAAAUAAUUAUAUUUAUUUGGGAUCUGUCAUAGUGUUUGUGACAUGCCAUGCUGUCUGGUGGCCUGAAUAGAAACUAAUUUUAGGUUAAAUUGUUGGUGUCGAAAAAUUUUACUCAAUAAUCUAAAAAAAUGCUGCUGGUUGGUUUUUCAAGUGGCAGAUCCCAAUACAAACAUAAUAAUAGUAUUGAAAUAGUUGCUUUAGUUAAAUUAUUAAAUUUUCAAAAUAUUUCUUAAGCAAAUACUUCGUUGAUUUGAAAAAUUGUGAUUAUGAAAUUUUGUGAUAAUUAUAAAAUAAGCUUCCGAUCUUGGAGAAAAAAAUUAAUUCAUCUGUUGGUCAUUAAAUUUAAAAUUUCUGAUUUCAUUUGCAUUAGCUAUUCAUUUAAGUAUUUUAUCACAUAAAUAGUUUAGAGAAAUAAGUUUAGCUUAAAUUUCUUAUCCACUAACAAAUUUUUAAAAAAAUAAAAUAAAUGCACAUAUUUUGUUUCAAUGUCAACUUCUCAAUAAGUUAGGCAAUACAAUGAUUUCUUUUCCAUUAGUGUCAAUACCAAUUUAUUUUGUGCAUAAACAAAGUAAAUUAUUUAAUUUAAAAUUGAUCUCUUAUCAAUGUACUUUUAUCAUUUUAGUAAUAAUUGUUUUUUCAUAUUUAAAUAUAGAAUUUAAACACCAUCCAUUGUCGAAAGUGCCAUCUCAUGUUUGGAACAACAACUUGGAUUGAUAUCUUCAGAAAGAUUACCUCGAAAUGUUUUCUUUUUUGAUAAUUGACAAUGAAUAUACAAAUAAAUUAUGAACACUAUACUAUACUGUUACACUAUACUGGUUUAAAGCGUACCUUAUGCACAAUUAUACAGUCAGAUAUCUGUCAUCAGACAUGGAGCAACUAUUAUACAGGAUUUAGGAUGAGGAUGUAAAACUAAAAAUAUUUUUAAAACAAAAUUAUAAAUACGAAAAAAAAAUUUAUUUAACUAAAAUUAAAUUAUUUUGAAAAUUGAUUGGAGGCAGAUUAGACCAGAUUACCUUAAAUUAAACUCCAAUUUACAAAAUAAAAAUGACCUUUUAAUUCAAUUUAUGAAGCACGGUAACAAGGUAUAUUGUAAAUUAAUUUUAAUAUCUCUGUCAUAAUAGUUGGGUUAGAACAUUUUAAUACAUGUUAUAUUCCUACCAAAAUAUUAAACUAAACGGUAACUUGUAUAAAAUGUACAUUUAAUAAUAGUUGUAUAAAACAGUACCAUUACUUUACGGACAUAAUAGAUGGGCAGCAUUUGUAGUUGAAUUCAUCCUUUGUAUAAAAUGGUCAACUAUAUAAAUUACUCUAGGCCUGAAAAAAAAAUCAAAGGUCAUUGAUUCUAAUCUGUAUAAACAUACAGAUGAACAAAACGUUAUAA